GGUUGCUAUGGGGACGAAGCUUGGGUGGCAACCGUAGCUAGGGAGUGCGUGGAGGCAGAGGUGGCUGCGCUGGGGGUCCUGGAGGAUCUGGCUUGUUGAGGAACUAGGUGGGCGCACUCCGAAACUUCGUGGAAGAAUGUCAGAGCCAGAAGAAAAUCCCCUAGAGGAAAACAGAGAAAAGGAAAUGGAAGAAAAAGAAUACAGCCAAAAUAAUGAAGAAGUGGAAAAGAUGCGACUGACAUCAGAUGACACAUUAGGACCAAGAGAGUCCCAGGAGGGAGAGGGAGAGGGGGAGGCAGACGGAGGGGAAAAACUGGAGGAGGAGGAUGAGGACGAGGAAAAGGAUGAGGAGGAGGAGAAGGAAGAUGAGAGUGAGGAGGAGGAUGAGGAGGAGAAAGAGGCUGAGCGGGAGGAGGAAGAGGCCUACGAGGAGGGAGAGGUGCGGGAGGAGGAAGAGGAGGAGGAGAAGCAGGAGGAGACUGGAGCGGAGGCCCACAAAGCCCCGGCUGUCCCUAUCAUGGCGACCCCUCCCUGCAACCUGCUGGGCACCUUCCUGGAAGUCCUUAGAGACACCAGCUCCCAGCAGUCUCUGCAGUCAGACAGCUCCGAAUAUGUCGACUUGGCCCAAGUGCAUCCCGACAAACAGCAGAUGGAACCCUUGGACGAGCAGGGAGAGAGACCUGAGCCCAGGCUGCAGGACAAACUGGGACAGGAAGAAGGAGACCUGGCUCAGAAGCAGGGAGGUGCCAGGGGAGAGAAACCCAGCAGGAAAAUAUCCUACUUCCUUGGCGAUGAGGCCAAAGCAGGGGGCUCCAGGGAGUCGCUGGUGUCCAGGUCCACAGAGGACACUUUGUUCCAGAAGGACAAGGAUGCCCAGGUGUACCCCUUGGCCCUCAGCUGGUCGUUCGGGUGGAACAGCUCGCUCCCCGUCUUCUACAUCCGGGAGCGGGGCCAGAGGGUCCUGCUGUACGCGUGCAGCAACACGGCGGUCAUCUACAACGUGGCCAAGAACGCGCAGCACCAUCUGCAGGGCCACCUUAACGUCAUCUCCUGCCUCUGCGUCAGUGAAGACCGGCGGUGGAUCGCCACGGCAGACAAGGGGCCCGGCUGCCUGAUCAUCAUAUGGGACUCCUUCACGGGCAUCCCCGUGCACACCAUAUUUGACAGCUGCCCACAAGGCAACGGCAUCAGGGCCAUCGCCAUCAGCCGCGACGCCAAGUACCUGGCCACCAUCUCCGACACUGACGUCCAGAAAUUCUGCAUCUGGAGGUGGACCCUGGCAGUGGAGACCCCCGCCUGCACCCUUGAGCUCCCCAAAGAGUACGGUUUCCAGAACCACCUUGCUUUUAAUCCAGCAAAUAGUAAAGAACUGGUCAGCAAUAGUAAAACACACACAAUAUACUACUGGUGGCAUGAAGAGAAAGACACACUUGUCUACAGUGCCCCGCUGUUAACGGAAAAUACAUUCAACAAGCUGGUGGGGAAGUUCAGCCAGUCCGUCUUCCACCCGAACUCCAGCCAGAUCCUCUCAGCGACGUGGGAGGGGAAGCUGGUGGUCUGGGACAUCCGGCGCUCUGCCGACAGCCCUUCCAUCAAGCCCUGCAAGCUGGUUCACCUGCAGAAGGAGGCGAUCACCGUGCUCACUGUGGCUGACGGCUACAUUGUCACAGGCGACGUGAAGGGAAACAUCAAGUUCUACGAUCAGACGCUGUCCAUCGUGCACUGGUAUGGUAACCUCAAGCUGGGCUGCAUAAGGACCUUGUCCUUCUCCCAGAGCGAAGCAAACCCCAACCCCGAGAGAAGGAGCUUCCCCCACGACUGCACCCUAAAAGGUGACCUUUUUGUCAUCAGGAAUUUCAUCAUCGCCACAUCCAGUGCCACGGUGUACCACUUGACGACAGAUGGCACCAGACUGGAGAAACUGUUCGUGGAGCCCAGGGCCUCGGUCUGCGCCAUCUCCUGUCACCCGUACCAGCCACUGCUGGCCGUGGGCAGCACGUGUGGGCUGAUCAAGGUGUGGGAUUACGAGCAGAAGAGAUACCUGUUCAGCAGGGUCUUUGAGAAGGGGUUCGGCGUGCAGAGCCUGACCUACAACCCCGAAGGGGCCCUGCUGGGAGCUGGCCUCACAGAGGGCACAGUUUACAUUCUCGACGCGAUGUCCCUGCAGAACGAGGCCCCCGAGCCCUUCAAGUACUCCAGAAGCAGCGUGACACACGUCAGCUUCUCGCACGACUCCCAGUACAUGGCCACUGCCGACCUGAACUUCACCGUGGCCGUGUACACCGUGGUGGUGCGCAGCGGCCGCCGGCUCUGGGAGUACCUGGCCCGGCUGCGCUCCCAUCGCCAGAGCAUCCGCAGCCUCCUGUUCGGGGUUUACCUGGACAGCAACGAGCCGCGGCUGCUGAGCCUGGGCCAGGACAGGCUGCUGAUCGAGUACAACCUAAGCAGGAGCCGCAGGAACCACCUGGAAGUGCUGGACGUCCACCGCACCGACCAGGGCCACCACCCGACCUGCAUGGUGUGGUAUCCGCCGCUCACCAAGGAGCUCUUCCUGCUGGUCUGCAACAGCGGGUACAAGGUGAAGCUGUUCAACUCCACCACCAAGAUGUGCAGGAAGACGCUCCUCGGGCCGGUGUACGGCUCCCCCGUGGAGCAGGCGCAAGUCCUGCCGGUGCGAACCGCGCCAGAGCUGCAGAAGCGCUACCUGGUGUUCAUCAACAGAGACAAGGUGGGGCUGCAGAUCCUGCCGGUGGAUGGCAACCUACACAAGACGUGCGCCAUGGUCUGCCACCCAAACGGCGUGGCGGGCUUGGCCCUGUCCUACGAUGGCCGCUUUGCCUUCACGGCAGGAGGACACGACCACUCGGUGGUGCAGUGGACAAUCAAACUGAGUGCGCUGGAGGCCGCCGUGUCCCUUGGGGGUGAGGACCUGACCCCGUUCUACGGCCUGGUGCCUGGCGGCAGAGAAGGAAAAUUCUACAGGGAGCUGGAGGACUAUUUCUUCUACUCGCAGAUCCGCAGCCAGGGCAUCGACACCAUGGAGACCAGGAAGGUGUCCGAUCACAUCUGCCUGGCCGAGGUCCCCUUCGUCAUGAGGGCCAUUGGCUUCUACCCGUCCGAGGAGAAGUCUGUCCCGCAGAUUGAGGACAUGUUUAACGAGAUCAGAUUCAGCGAGUACGCGGACACGGGAAAGCUGAUCGACAAAAUCAACCUGCCCGACUUCCUCAAGGUGUACGUCAACCACAGGCCGCCCUUCGGCAACACCCUGCAAGGCAUCAGGCAGAGCCUCGCUGUGCUGGGCGCCCCCAACGCGCAGGGCGAGAGCGCGCUGGGCAGGGAGGAGUUCCUGGAGCUGCUGCUCACCAGAGGUGAGCACAUGACCAAGGAGGAGCUGACUGACUGCUUCGCCACACUGCUGGGCCUGAACCCGGAGGGCUGGAAAUCGGAGCCUGCAGCCUUGGCGGGCAGAGGAUCCGAAAUCUGCCUCGAAGAGGAACUUCCUGAAGAAAUCACCGCGGAAAUAUUUGCGAGCGAGAUUCUUGGCCUCACCAUCUCGGAAGACCCCGGGGAGGACGGCCCCUGAGGCUGGGGACAGUAUUCCAGGCACAAAGGACUGUGCGCCUCCACAUGUCCCCCCAUCCCUGCCCCUCUAAGGCUGCCAACUUCAGGCAUUAAACAUGGAUUCUUAGAGACCGA